CCGCGUCGCGCGCCCUCCUCCAGCCUCCCUCCCUGCUCCUGCCCUAGCUUCCCGCCCCGCUUCCUUCCGCCGGGCGCGAUGGAGCCGGGGCGCCGGGGGGCCGCGGCGCUGCUGGCGCUGCUGUGCGCGGGGUGCGCGCUGCGCCCCGGCCGAGCCCAGUACGAGCGCUACAGCUUCCGCAGCUUCCCGCGGGACGAGCUGAUGCCGCUGGAGUCGGCCUACCGGCACGCGCUGGACCAGUACAGCGGCGAGCACUGGGCGGAGAGCGUGGGCUACCUGGAGAUCAGCCUGCGGCUGCACCGGCUGCUGCGCGACAGCGAGGCCUUCUGCCACCGCAACUGCAGCACCGCGCCCCAGCCCGAGCCCGCCGCCGCCCCCCUCGGCCGCUACCCCGAGCUGCGCCUCUUCGGGGGCCUGCUGCGCCGCGCGCAGUGCCUCAAGCGCUGCAAGCAGGGCCUGCCGGCCUUCCGCCAGUCGCAGCCCAGCCGAGAGGUGCUGGCCGACUUCCAGCGCCGCGAGCCCUACAAGUUCCUGCAGUUCGCCUACUUCAAGGCAAAUAAUCUUCCAAAAGCCAUUGCAGCUGCUCAUACCUUCCUCCUGAAGCAUCCCGAUGACGAGAUGAUGAAGAGAAACAUGGCGUAUUACAAGAGCUUGCCCGACGCCGAGGACUACAUUAAAGACUUGGAAACCAAGUCAUAUGAGAGUCUGUUCAUCCGGGCGGUGCGGGCUUACAACGGCGAGAACUGGAGAACGUCCAUCACAGACAUGGAGCUGGCCCUUCCUGACUUCUUCAAAGCCUUUUAUGAGUGUCUCGCAGCCUGUGAGGGCUCCCGGGAGAUCAGGGACUUCAAGGAUUUCUAUCUGUCCAUAGCAGAUCAUUAUGUAGAAGUUCUGGAAUGCAAAAUACAGUGUGAAGAGAACCUCACCCCGGUUGUCGGAGGCUAUCCAGUGGAGAAAUUUGUGGCUACCAUGUAUCAUUAUUUGCAGUUUGCCUAUUAUAAGUUGAAUGACCUAAAGAACGCAGCCCCCUGUGCAGUCAGCUACCUGCUCUUUGACCCCAAUGACAAGGUCAUGAAGCAGAACCUGGUGUAUUACCAGUUCCACAGGGACAAGUGGGGCCUCACGGAUGAGCAUUUCCAGCCCAGACCAGAAGCAAUUCAAUUCUUUAACGUGACUACACUCCAGAAAGAACUGUAUGACUUUGCAAAGGAAAAUAUAAUGGAUGAUGAUGAGGGAGAGGUUGUGGAAUACGUGGACGACCUCUUGGAGGCGGAGGCGGCUGGCUAGUUCACAGAGACUGAAGAGACUCUCCCUCAAUGUUGAGGAAACAAACUCUUUGCCUUCCUUCUCCCAAUAGCCCAAGUGGUUGAUACCUCAGAGCUUUCACUUUAUUCAGUGAAGUGAAAGGAAAGCGCCCGUCUCUC